UAAUUUUUUUAUUGUACAAAUUUCAUUAACUCCAUCGAACUUUAUACGAUCCAUCAUUAUCUCAUCUUAUACAGGAAGAAGAUGUAGGAAGUUACAGCGAUUAGUUGAAUGGAUCAUCAUGGCUGUUUUUAAAUCAAGACAAACUACCUAUUUAUUAAAAAUAAUUGGAUUAGCCAGAUAACGCAAAGCCUCUUUAAAUGAUAUAAAACAUACAAAUAAUGUCCUUCAGAAUACGUUUAGCUCGCAGCAGGCCAAUUAGACUUUUAAGAAAUGUGGCCAUGAAGUGUUGGGCUUUUAGUGGAGCAUAUAUUCUAUUGUGCUUUUUUUUAUAUUGGUUAUAUGGCGGAAUUUUGGCUUUUUUCUUACUGUGUUUUGCUACAACUGGAAUACUCUAUCACAGAGAAGAUCAACUUCUUUAUCAUCCAGAACUGCCAACCCAUUCGAGAGUCUAUGUACCAGCUCCUUCAAUAUUUAGUUUACCUUAUCAAAGUAUAUAUACUAGAGCUCGAGAUGGCACAAUCCUACAUAUGUUUUUUGUUUCUCAACCAGAAGACAGAAUGAGACAAGUACCUACAUUAUUGUUUCUUCAUGGCAAUGCUGGCAAUAUGGGUCAUCGAUUGCAAAAUAUAGUAGGACUGUAUCAUAAUAUUCAAUGUAAUAUUUUAAUGUUAGAAUAUCGAGGAUAUGGCUUGUCGCAGGGUACUCCGUCGGAGGAAGGGCUUUAUAUGGAUGCCCGAGCGGGGAUAGAUUAUCUGUUUAGUAGAGCGGAUAUUAAUACCAAUGAAAUUAUAGUAUUCGGUAGAUCACUGGGUGGAGCUGUAGCUAUUGAUUUAGCCACAAAAGAGGAAAAUUUACAGAGAAUUUGGUGCCUUAUACUUGAAAAUACCUUCACUAGUAUCCCAGAUAUGGCCGUCUUAUUUGUAGGAUCUAAAUUUUUACAAUAUCUGCCACUUUUUGUAUAUAAAAACAAGUAUUUGUCUAUUCUAAAAGUUCGUUCAGUGAUGAUGCCCACUCUGUUUAUUUCCGGUCUGGCGGAUACAUUGGUACCACCCCGCAUGAUGCAAGAUCUUUAUAAGAAUUGUCGAAGCACAUAUAAGCGUAUACUUCCAAUUGUGGAUGGUACGCAUAAUGAAACCUGGUGUCAGCCGAGUUAUUAUCAAAACAUUAACGCCUUUCUGACCGAACUCAGGGAAAAUCCACCUCCAAGGGUAACGUCUAGUCAUUGGCAAAUUGAUAAUAUUUAAUAUUACAGUACUUCUAUUAUCAAAUCUAUUACUGUUUAUUAAUAAUAAACACAAUUUUUACUUUUUAAAGACAUAAAAAAAUCGACUUUAUCGAAUUGUACUUUUUCUACCUUUCGUAGAAACUGUCCUUAAGCGUUGCAGAAACAGGGAAGUUAACCUUAUGAUUCUUAAACGUGAUUUUAACAAUUAAUCAUACAUCCAAUCAAAUCAUAAUUAAAUCAAAUAAGUAUUUCAAGUUAUAAGUCAAUUGUUUAAAUAAUAGGGGAGAAUGUCGGACCGUGUUCCAAAUCCGGACCUUUUUAAUUUAAAUAAAUACGGUUAAGUAGAUUUGCGUGCUACUUAUAAUGUAAAGUCCUUCUAGGACACCGAACAUGUG